GGGCAUAGGUCAGCUCUUUGUUUGCUGCCUGUCGUUCCCUCUCUCUCCACCUCGCGUACUCUGGUCUCUUUCUUUCUCUCUCUCUCCCUCUCACACACACACACGCACAACCACCCACCCACCCACACUCUCUUUCUUUCUUUUUUUUUCCUCUUUUCGCCCCUCCAGCUGGCCCACGCGCCGCGAGCAACGGGCGGAGACUGGACGCUGACGCCUGCCGUGGCACGAGCUGCCUUCCGUCGGCAUAUCUUUGACGAGAAAUCCAAAGGCGGGCAGGAGAGGCAAGGCCGGCCCACUUUAUCACAUAUCACCAAGCCACCUCGACCAGCGAACGUGACCCAGUGGUAACUUCGCCAGACUACCCUAGCUCCGCGCUCACUGCGACCGAACUUCUCCUCGAGAUCUUCGUUCGCUCGUCAACGUCCUCCGACAUCACUACCACUUCGCCUUCGCAGUCCGCGUGCAGCGGCGGCGGCGGUAGACAACAUGGCCUCCAGGAUGAAACGCAAGUUUUCCUUCGACAUUCCAAAGUUGAAGAUCGGCAAUCUCGGCACCAUUGGCAAUAUAGGCCACCUGGGCUCGUCGUCACGUCCAGAUCCCAGAGCGUGGAAAGAUCACUAUGCAUCACCGCCCGAAUCGAGGCCCUCCACGCCGAAAAGUGUACGCCCGCCAAUGCCAAGCGAUAUCGAAGCUGAACUCCGAGCUGCCUGUUCGUACAUCAUUACCCACCCCAAACCGUCUCAUGAAGUAUGGGGCGAGGAGGCCGCGAAGCCUGCGUUGGACUAUGCCGCGAUCAAGGCGGGGGGAGUAGCCGAUGCUGCGCCUGUGGCUGUCCUGCCCACCAGGACGAGAAGCGCACGACAAAGACCUGAGCAGUCGCGGGAGCCGCCGCUGUCGUCGAGGUACGCCUAUAAGCCGCACGUGGCCACUGAAGAUCUGUUCAAUGGUGAGGGAAAUGGGAUUGUGCUGCCUGCAAUUACCGCCAGGUCACGCGCAGAUGUGCUCAUGGCGGGAGAACCAGUCAAGAGUGCUUCGUCGCAACAUCGUCCAAGAGCAGAGUCGAUAGGAGCAAUACAACCGCCCGUGGCUGUCGCGCGGCAUGAAAACUCGGAAAGGACAAGGACAUCGCAAAGGUCAGAUUCGGUGGGCACAUCAGGCUCCACGCCACAUACAGACUCUACGGACUAUCCCUGGUCUGCCUCAACUGGUUUGACUUCCGCCGUGAACACUCCUGCACGUUCAAAGCGCACAUCAGGGCAGGCUGUGACUUCGACUUCGGACAACGGAAGUAUGCCGAAGGUGGACGCUGUGAACGCAGACUGGAUGCGCACAGAGCUCGAGAAACACAAGAAGGCGAUUGGGGAGAAGGAACGACAGAAGGCCGUUGACCCUGCAAGCCAUUCUGGCACCAUGGCCUCCCCAACUUCGUAUUCUCAUGUUCCUGCUCGAAAGCCUGUGCCGUCACAGCCCGCAAGCAGGAAGGCGAGCAACGCUAUCUCGCCGCCCUCAAUACAGGACAUUCAACCUGAAAGCACAGACCAACCCGAUCGAGGUCGCACGCUUGCUGCUCGCGCCGACUCUUCUCAGCCAGAGACUGAGGGGGAUGCAAGAGGACGAAUGAUCGUGCGCUCUCGCAGCCGAUUAAGCAUGGCAUCGCGAGCAGCAAGUCGUGCAGCAAGUCGAGCCGCGAAUGAGGCUAAAAGCAUUACACAAGACAUCCUGGGGCAUUACCUACGUCCAAACUCUGAUCAGGAUGCAAGAGAGCCCGUCGAAAGGCCUCCCAGCAGGGCACGCGAUAUCGCAUUUGGCGUCAAAGACUAUUUCAGACCAGGCACUGCCACCGGUUUCCGUAGCGGGAAGAUCAGCGGCGAGUUCACACGCGGUCACGCUAGAAAGCAAUCGACUAGUUCUGUGCAAACGACGAACUCAGAGGUCGCCCCUUCAGAAGGUUCCGCGAACUGGAAGAAGUGGCGACCCCGGAACAAGUCCCAUGCUAACGCUGUGAGCCCCGAACUCAGCAGACCGGAUAGUGCAGCGUCGAGACCGGUCAUCGAUUUGAAUCGAGAGCUGCCGCCGCUACCUGGAUUGGACUCGUGGAAAGACGAAGAGCCCGCGCCUGCCCCAGGUCCU